GAAGUUCUUUUAAAUGUUGUGAAAUCUCAACGUAUACUAAUGGUUCAGAAGAUGAUGAAUUAUUUGAUUAUGAUAAGUUACUGGGUGUAGCGAAUGAUGAUGAUGAGGUAGAUUUAAAUGAUUCAGAGAAUAUUUCGAAGAUUAUGAUUAUGAAAAUAAAUGGAAAAUUGGAAAAAAAUAAGGAUAAUGAUGAAGAUAAUGAAGAAUUAUCUUUCGAUGAUUCUUAG